UUGAAGAAGUUUUAGCUGUUGGCUGAUAGAAAUGAAGCUGAUUACAGCUAGAGAAAGAAGAUAUGCUCUUUUGCUGGCAGCCAGGGACUCUGAGUAUGCGAAGAAAGUGUACGGGGGUUAUUUCAAUGUGUUUGUUGCAGCUUUUGGAGAAGAAGGAGAAAAAUGGGACUUGUUCAGGGUUGUUGAUGGAGAAUUCCCUGACAUGAAUGAACUCCACAAAUAUGAUGGAUUUGUGGUCAGUGGCAGUCCCUAUGAUGCUUAUGGAAAUGACUACUGGAUUCUUAAGCUUUGCUUCCUGUUGCAAACACUUGAUGCCAUGGAGAAGAAGGUUCUUGGGAUCUGCUUUGGCCAUCAGGUUUUGUGCAGGUCAUUGGGGGGAAAAGUUGGGAAAGCGUGCACAGGAUGGGAUAUUGGGCUGAGGAAAGUAGAAAUUGUGAAAGAUAUGUCAGUACCCAGCUUCCUGGAAGACUGCUUGGAUGAAAUACCCUCUUCUCUGUCUAUUAUAGAGUGCCACCAGGAUGAGGUAUGGGAGGUCCCAAUGGGAGCUGAAGUGAUAGCAUUCUCAGACAAGACAGGUGUGGAAAUGUUCGCAAUUGAUCAACACAUUCUCGGCAUUCAAGGCCACCCUGAGUACACCAAGGACAUCCUAUACAACCUCAUCGAUCGCCUUGUCAAUAACAAUUCCAUUGAGGUAACCCCUGGCAGCUCCAUUCUCCUCAAUUCCGAUCACAUUACAACUCUUCUUCUUCUUCUUCUUCAUUAUUUGUCCUCAUUUUGCCUGUUUGUUUUGAUGCUGGUUGAAUACAGAAUGACUUUGCUGAGAACGCCAAAGCUGGAUUAGAGAUAGCUGAACCUGACAGGAAAUGCUGGGAAAAGAUAUGCAGGAAUUUUCUUAAGGGAAGACAGAAUUCCACCUUUUCUUAUCUUUGAUUUGUUGGAAUGUUCUAAAAUCAAGUUUUUUGGAACAAAGUUCCAUGUACUUUGGGUGCCUUCUUUUUUUUUUUUGGACAUAAAUCGAAGUGAAAUUUAUUGCUCACCCUCAGAA